GUUGUCGGCUCCAGAUGUCGCUGAAGCGCGAGACCUGCACCGGUCUCUCUGGUCUGAGUCAGAUCACUGACUAUCUUUUCCUCAGCAACGCUCGAGCGGCGUCGGACGUCGCCCUGCUCACGCGCAACGGCAUCACCUGCGUCAUCAGCGUCACCGAGACCGCCGCAGCACCUCCUCCCGGCGUGGAGCUGCUCCACAUCCCGGUGUCCGACUCCCCCUCCGCUCCGCUCGGCGACUACUUCGACCAGCUGUCGGAGAGGAUUCGGGCGACCGCGCAGGUCGGUGGCCGCACGCUGGUGCACUGUAACGCCGGGGUGAGCCGCUCGGCCUCGGUGUGCAUGGCCUAUCUGGUCCGGCACAGAGGCGCGAGUCUGCUGGAGGCCCACCAGUGGGUGAAGAAGUGCCGAGCCGUGGCGAGACCCAACGCCGGCUUCUGGAAGCAGCUGAUCCGGUAUGAGCAGGGCGUCCGCGGGUGCACUUCGGUGCGCAUGGUGUCCACCUCCAUGGGGGAGGUACCGCACAUCUACGAGGAGGAGUCCAGAAACAUGAUGCCCCUCUGACACCGAGCGGUUUAUUGGACUGCGAAAUGUCGCUACAGCACUUGAGAAGUUAAAAACUCUGGAAGUCAACCAUCGUCUUCUUCCUCGCAUCCCAGCUACCUGGGGCGACAGACAGCAGUCCUGCCAGCCACACACGGAGAUCAUGGUCCGGGAGUUUGGGAGGAAACCGGAGUGCACACAGACAUUUUUCAAAUAAAUGUUUCAUAAAAAGUUUUCCUAACUUCCUUGGAGUGGUGUCAACCUGGCGCUGACUUUGUUUAUUUACCAUAUUUUUGAAAUGUUUUUCUAUAUUUAGGACUAUCAAAACAACACCUUUAAUGUAAAUGGUGACUUUGUUGUUCAAAAGGCUCAAAUCCUUACGAGUUAAAAACAGUGACAGAUUGAGAUUUUUGAGAGAUUGUUUGAUUUUGGUUCAUUACUUUCACCAUUUCGCACUGAUCACAUCCAGAAGGAUGCGAUUACUUGUGAACUGUUGGUUGAAACUACAUGGAACACUUUUUAAACACCUUGCCCAGCACCUCUUUUCUGUUUGGCUUUGUCGUCUACAUUUUCAGUAAUACUGCCCCUAUUUAUAUUUAAAAAUGAAGGCUGUGGACUCCAAAAAAAAUUACUGAAUGUACUGAAGUCAAAUUAAAGGUGCCUUAUAUUUCCUUACUUUAAUAAA